AUGCUGGCGGUUGAGAAGUCAUGGGUUAAUGUGCAGCAGAAGACAUUCACGAAAUGGCUCAACGAUAAGCUGAAAGUUCGUGAUGUCUUCGUGAAUGACCUGGUACAAGAGCUCUCGAACGGCGUAAUCCUCAUUCAUCUUCUCGAGAUUCUAGGUGGCGACUCGCUUGGUCGAUAUGCUGCCAACCCGAAGCUGCGAGUGCAAAAGUUCGAAAAUGUCAACAAAAGUCUGGACUUUAUCAAGGGGAGGGGUAUUCAGAUGACCAAUAUCGGAGCGGAGGAUAUUGUGGACGGCAACCGGAAGAUUAUCCUCGGUCUGAUUUGGACGCUGAUUCUCCGAUUCACCAUUAGCGAUAUUAAUGAGGAGGGCAUGACAGCCAAGGCGGGUCUUUUGCUGUGGUGCCAACGGAAGACCGCCUGCUACGAGGGAGUCGAAGUUCGAGAUUUCUCAACCAGUUGGAACGACGGACUCGCAUUCUGUGCUUUGUUGGAUAUUCAUCGUCCGGAUCUGAUCGACUACGAUGCCUUGGACAAGAAUGACCACCGAGGGAACAUGAAGUUGGCGUUUGAUAUCGCGGCCAACGAAAUCGGAAUUCCAGAUCUCCUUGAUGUCGACGAUGUCUGUGACGUCGCCAGACCUGACGAACGUUCGUUGAUGACAUACAUUGCCUACUGGUUCCAUGCGUUUUCACAGCUUGAAAGGGUGGAGAAUGCCGGUCGACGAGUGGAAAAGUUUGUCAACAACAUGCAUGGCGCAUGGGAAAUGCAAAACUCGUAUGAGAAGAGGAUGCGGGAACUUUUACGCCUGAUUCGGGCUCAGCGCGAAGAAUGGAAGAACGCCACUUUUGAGGGGACAUACAAGGACGCAAAGGAGCAGGCCUCCCAGUUCGCCCUGUAUAAGAGAAACCAGAAGCGCCAGUGGGUAGCGGAAAAGUCAGACCUUGCGGCUCUCCUGGGUAAUAUCAAAACGAAACUUAGCACGUACCGUCUCCGGGCCUACGACCCUCCGCCAGAGUUAUCUUCCGAGGCCGCCGAUCAGGAGUGGGAAUGUCUGACUAGGGACGAGCAUGAACGCAGUCAGCUUAUCAACGAGACUAUUCGAGAUAUCAAAAACACUCUUCGUCGGUCUUUCGCCGACAAGGCGAAUGACUUUGCGCUUACCUUGAAGACCCUGUCCCUUGCAAUUUCAGGUCUUGAUGGUGACGUGGAAGAUCAACUUGCCCACGUCAAGCGACUUAACGACAACCUUCCGCCACUUGAUGCUUUUCUAGAGACCAUCGCGGAGCUAGAUGACCAGUGCCAGGAAGCAAACGUCGAGGAAAAUGAUUAUACGACGUACACCCUGGACGAACUGUCGUACGAGCUGAGUCUUGUCAAGUCAAGCAUAUCCAAGAAAAUGGCUUUCCUCGAAAACCAACUGGUUGCACGAAACAUGACAAACUUGACCCCAAUUCAGCUAGAAGAGUUCGAAUCCGUAUUUCGGCACUUUGAUCGUGACUCUUCCAACACCCUUCACGAGCUCGAAUUCUCCGCUGCGCUGGCCAGUUUGGGUCUUGUGUAUGACGAAGAGGAGAUGCACGAAGUCUAUGUGGAAACUUGCGGGCCCACUAGAUUGUCCCAGAACGCCGGAGUCAGCUUUGAGCAGUUUAUCCGGUUCAUGGUGAGUGUGACGGAGGAUCAAAAUACUGCGGAGCAAGUCUUCCAAAGUUUCCGCGAGGUUGCAGAUGGCAAGCCGUAUGUCACGGAACUUGACCUCAGGCACUCUCUGAUCCCAGAUGAAAUCAUUGAGCAUCUUGUGAAGACGAUGCCUCAACAUCAAGGUCCAGAUCUCUUAGAAGACAGAGAUCUUGCCAAGUACGAUUAUAUCAGUUUUAUGGAGAAAAUGAUGGACAAGCGCUCCGAAGGACAAAACCACGCCGCUAUCAAUGGUAGCGAUUAG